CUCUCAACUUUAUGGCCAAGACCAACACUCAAGAAUUCGCCACCGUGGUCACGGCGACACAAAGAAGCAUUCAAUUCUACGCGAAGACUAGUGCCAGAUCGAUCGGGAGAUCCCUCUUUGGAAUCUAUGGCCGGAAGGAAAAUUCGUGGAGUUGCGAAUGGUGGCGGCUUGAGAGCCGGGCUCUACAAGGGACGGACAACGUCUUACGUGAUCCUCGCUUGCAUUGUGGCCGCGUGUGGAGGCUUGAUCUUUGGCUACGAAGUGGGAAUCUCAGGUGGUAUGACAUCCAUGCCCGCAUUCUUGGAGAAAUUCAAUUUCCACAGCCGUGACGACGACUCUCCAUUCUACUACUGCCAGAAUGAAGAUCAGCGACUCACCAUCUUCACGUCCUCGCUCUAUCUCGCGGGCAUCGCGGCCAGCUUGCUGGCCUCUCACGUCACGAAGAUUUACGGGCGGCGGCUAUCGAUCCUCUGUGGAGGCCUCUGUUCCCUCGUCGGUGCCGUGCUCAGUGGUGCCGCUCAAUAUCUACCCAUGCUCAUCUUGGGACGAAUCAUGCAUGGCAUCGGCCUUGGCUUUGGCAAUCAGGCAGUGCCGCUCUAUCUAUCAGAGAUGGCGCCGGCAAAGAUCCGGGGAGCGCUCAACAUCAUGUUUCAGCUCGCCAUCACUAUGGGGAUCCUCUGCGCGAAUCUCAUCAACUAUGGCUCCCUCCAAAUCCGGGAUUGGGGCUGGCGCCUCUCCCUUGGUCUCGCCGGAGUACCAGCCAGCCUCAUGACCAUGGGCGGAUUUUUCUUGCCCGAGACUCCAAAUAGUUUGAUCGAGCGUGGGCGUUACGAGGAGGCUCGCCGCCUCCUCACGAAGAUCCGCGGGACCGAGGAGGUGGAUGCCGAGUACGAAGAUAUCAAAGAGGCAAGCGAGCUCGCAGUGACAAACCCUUUCAAGGCCAUCUUCCAGAGAAAGAAUCGCCCCCAGCUCGUCAUGGCGACCAUGAUGCCAUUCUUCCAGCAGUUCACGGGGAUCAAUGCGAUCAUGUUCUACGCCCCGGUGCUCUUCCAGAAGCUUGGAUUUGGCACCGAUGCGUCGCUCUACUCAGCCGUGAUCACUGGCGCUGUGAACGUCAUGGCCACGCUCGUCGCCAUCACCUUCGUUGAUAAGUGGGGCCGCCGCGCGCUCUUCCUGGAAGCUGGAGUCCAAAUGUUCUUCACCCAGGUGGCGAUUGGGUUGAUCUUUGCGAUCAUUACACCAUUGUCCAAACCUUUUGCCGUGAUCGUCGUGAUCGUGAUUUGCAUCUACGUCUCAUCCUUUGCAUGGUCAUGGGGGCCGCUGGGAUGGCUCAUUCCCAGCGAGAUCUUCACACUGGAGACGCGGUCCGUCGGCCAGGGAAUCAAUGUGGCUGUCAACUUCCUCUUCACCUUCGUCAUUGCGCAAGCUUUCCUCGCAAUGCUAUGCCACAUGACGUACGGGAUCUUCUUGUUCUUCGCAGCUUGGGUGUUGGUCAUGUCCCUCUUCGUCUACUUCUUUCUUCCCGAGACCAAGAGUGUUCCUAUCGAGGAGAUGACCAGCGUUUGGAGGAGGCACUGGUAUUGGAAGAGGUUCGUUCCAGACGAGGAUCCUCCAGCUCUUCCUUCCUAUAAGCGAGAUCGGUACUGAUCAAUCGAGCUAGACGAUAAGCGAGGAGCUUUCACUGCCGAGAGGAAAAACUCUCUAGUACCUCUUGGAUGUUCUGUCCUCUGUGAAACCAAAACCUUAGAUUGAUUGUUCGCUUUUGAGUA